AUGGGUGACGUUAUGGUCGCCUCUACACCGGUGUGGGAGCAUCAAGUCCCAGACCCACCAACCAAACGUCGCACUGCUCCAAACUGCGCCAAGGGGAAAAAUGACUUCCCGCUUUGCUGUCGCUCAGGCCGCACGACCGGACUGCCGAUUUUGCGGAUUGCUCAGGCCCGAGGCUGGUGCUUCUCAUGCCUAGGGGACCAUUAUCAGCGCGCCUGCCCCGACACGCACCCGUGUCCUGUUUUGCAGAGGGCAGCACUUGAAACUGCUGUAUGUGCCAACGCGAAUGGCCGCCGCGACCACGCGGGGUCGCCGUUCGGGCGGGUAUCCCCACGGAGCGGGUAUGUGAGCGGACGCCGGGACCAGUCCCGCAGUUUUGAGUCCGGCUCACCCCCCCCUCGCUGCGCAGAUUGUGUUGCCGUUGACCGCCGACAUGGUUCGGCGGUGCAGCCCCACGGGCUGGUAUGUGAGUGGACGCCGGGACCAGUCCGCAGUUUGGAGUCCCGCUCGCCCCCCUUGCCCUCGCGUGACCAAUCAAGGUCACCUCGAGGUCGUGUACCCACGAUUACUGUGAUGCAAGUCCGGUACGACUGCCAUCCCCCCCCUCUGGCGGAGCGUCCCCGUUUGGAGUCGCGCAACCCUCGAUACGGACGCUCCAGGGGCUAUAAACCCCCGACUAUGGCUCGUGGCAGUCGUCACCGAGGGGAAGCAGAGUUCAAACCCUUCCCUCUUUCUGACGCGCCGUCCCGGCACUGCGGCGUUCGAUCGCCGCCACGCAAACAU